GGCCGCCUGCCAGAGUCCUGCAGACACGCGGCUGCAACACGAACACCCCUCAUUCCCUGCACAAUCAACACACAAUCGUUGCAUUUACUCAACAUGACGUGUGUUAAAAGUGUGGGGGACAUGCACGCGCCCUGUUGACGGUCAGGUCGUGCAAACGCGGCGGGGACGCGCAGAAACAACCGGCGUGCGAAGCUCCGGUUUCAGUCGUCUCUUCUGCAACCUUCAACAACAACACGUGAGACUGCAGGGACGUUUCUGCAGACCCGAGCAGCUCAAAACCACCAGCACAGACACAAGCACGUUUGUGGACAUGACGGACUUCGGCCGGUUCGGGAUGGAGGAUGAGGAUGAUGAAGAUGCAGAAACCCAGUUCAUGAUCGAGCAGAGUCUGCUGGAGGCCAACAAGAAGAAGGAAACCCCCACAACUCCAGACAACAGGAGCUCUGAUUCCAAGUCAGACGACGUCUGCAAGAUCUUCACUGCUGUAAAACAAGGUAAUGAGAAGCUCCUGGAGGAUUUAUGUGUGAGGCACAGAGACAUGUUCCUGCAGAUGGACAGCAGAGGCUGGAUUCCUCUCCACGAAGCAGCAUCUCAGAGUAACCAGAACAUCCUGGAGCUCACAUACGGAGCUUCGGGCUCAGACUCGGCGGAGUUUCGUACCCCGCAAGGGCAGACGCCGCUCUUCCUGGCAGUGGGACGAGGUCUGAUAGAAAACGUCUCGUUCCUCCUGAAACAGAGCGCACAGGCGGACUCCCAGGACCAGGAGCAGGACGCACCUUUGUUCGUGGCCGUGCGCUCAGACUACGCCGACAUGGUGAAGCUGUUGCUCAUGCGAGGCUCCAGGGUGAACCAGGAGGGCACCCACGGCCGCCGGCCCCUCCACGAGGCGUCCCGACUGGGCAAUUUGGGGAUGGUGGAGCUGCUCCUGGAGGCCGGGGCGCACCUGGACCCCUGCAGCCACUACGGCCUCACGCCUCUGGCCCUGGCGGCUCAGGGAGGACACACGGAGGUUGUGGAGACGCUCCUGCAGAAAGGAGCGGAUGUCUUUUCUCAGGCUCGGGACGAGGCAUCGAUCCUGUAUGAAGCGUCUGCGGCAGGAAACCCGGCCGUCAUCCAUCUGCUGCUGGAGUACGGCGCCGAUGCCAACAUCCCCAACCACACCGGACACAUGCCGAUCCACCGCGCUGCACACCGAGGAAACCUCCAAGUUCUGAAGUUGCUGCUUCCUGUCACCGAUAUCAGAGACGUGCACGACAGCGGGAUCAGUCCUCUUCACUCAGCUGCAGCGGUGGGAAACACAGAGUGCAUAAAGACGUUGCUGGAUGUGGGUUAUGACCCCAACUACAUGCUCCAUCCUUGGAUUCGCCGUAGCUAUGACGACGAGAGGAAGUCGGCUCUCUUCUUUGCAGUCUCCAACAACGACCUGGCGUCAGCGAAGCUGCUGCUGGAGUCGGGAGCCAUGCCCAACCAGGACCCGAUCAAAUGUCUGCAGGUGGCACUGCGACUGGGCAACUACGAGCUGAUCAACCUUCUGCUGCGGCACGGCGCCAACGUCAACUACUACUCCAGAAUCAACACCACCCAUUUCCCGUCGGCGCUGCAGUAUGCGCUCAAAGACGAGGUGGUUCUCAGGAUGUUGUGCAACUAUGGUUACGAUGUAGGGCGCUGCUUCGACUGUCCCUACGGCAACGGUUCCCACACCCCUGAAGACUAUGAAGGAUGGACCAACACCGUCAUUAAAGACACUAUGUUCUGCGAGGUGAUCACGGUCUCCUGGCUGAAACACCUGUCGGGUCACGUGAUUCGCACCCUUCUGGAUUAUGUGGAUCACGUGACCCUCUGCUCCAAACUGAAGGCAACUCUGAUGGAGCAGAAAGAGUGGCCAGACAUCUGCAGCUUGCAAGGUGACGUAAACAGUAUCACGCCGCUCAGAAGAGAGAAAAGAAGAAAAAUUCAAUUCAUGCAUCUUUUUCCCUCUUUUCUUCUGCUCUCCUCUCCAGAGAACGCGCGCUGUCUGAAGCAUCUCUGUCGUCUGCGCAUCCGCCGGUGUCUCGGCCGCCUGCGUCUCAGGUCGCCCGUCUUCAUGAGCUUCGUGCCGCUGCCCGAGCGGCUCAAGAACUACCUCCGGUACCGGGAGUACGACCUGUGGGACCGACCCGGCAACAGCCCGGGCUGAAGAAACCCAAACUCUUAAGCCUGAAUUAUGGUUCCGCGUUAAAUCGACGCAGAGCCUACGGCGUAGGGUUACGGCGUACGGUGCGCGUCGCCGCGUACCCUACGCCGUAGGCUCUGCGUCGGUGUAACGCGGAACCAUAAAUCAGCCUUUAAACAUCAGAAUUCAGUUUGUUUGAAAUGGUUUGACAUAAUAAAGCACGUUUAUCAUAAUCAUGGAUAAAUCCAUGAAUUCUAUCUUAAAUCAUGUUUCUGCUCUAUUCCACGUCCUUUUUUAUUUGUUUGACUGGUUUUAUAUUGGUGUUUUAUCUUAGGCCCGCACAUGUAUGUACAUAUCUGUUUCUACUCUUCUUUGCUUUGAUUUCUGUCGUGUUUAGUUUUGCAUUUACUCCUCAGCUUCAUCUGUGUUUUGAUUACUGCCGUUGAGCUGUGUGUCGUGUUAGUCAUUGCACCCUCAAAACUGGUCAACUCACGCCCUAAUGGUAUUUAUAAAAACUAAAUGUAUCCAGAAAUCAGAACUAGCAGCAAUAACAUUAUUCUUCAUUAUAGUUGAAUUAAAAGAAGCUUUUUAGACGUCUGGCGGAGUUAAAAGGAACAGCAAGAUUUAAGAUCACGUUUACAUUAAAUAGAAUGUAUACAAAGCAAUAAUCAACUGUAAAAGUGUGGUUGGAUUAAAUGCUAAACUGUAUUACUAUAAAUAUUGUUCACACUGAUCUCCAAGUAAAAAUCCUGCAGUGAAAUGUUCUUUAAGGGUGAAAUAACUGUCUUAGUUAAAUAAGAGCAUAACACUUCAAUUGUUUUAGUUCCCCGUGACAUCACGUUUUAAAAGUUAUAAAAGAGCAUUUCUUCUUCUUUUGGAUGUAACCAAGGUGUUACAUACAAAUAUUAGAAUAUUUACAGAUUCAUGUAAACAUAUAAAUCAUUAUAAAAUUCUUCAAAUGUUUUUUUUUUUUUUACUACCCCCUCCCUUCAUUUCUUGGAAAGUGGAGCAAGGUGUGAAAUCCAGUGACAUUUAUGUUAUGCAGUUAUUGUAAUGUAAAGUGUUAUAUUUACAAUGUUUUUGUGUUUUAAUUGAUUAAUACAGACUAGCAACUUGCAAAUUUAAUGUAAAUAUUUGCUUUAUUGUAGCCCAUUGCAUUUACGUGGGCAUAUUGUUCAUUCAUUUUUGAGCAUGUAAUUGUCUGCAUUAACCAAUUAUAUUGGAGUAGCUUUACAUUUGUAUUUUCUGUUUGUUUCUGAGAUUUUCACAUAUUAUUUUCCAGUCAUCUUCUGAAAUGUCCUCUUUUAAGUAUGCCCUCCAUAUAACAAGUUUAGUCAAUGAGGUUUCAUUAGAGUCAGAUGCAAGCCAGUUAUAUAUUUCCACCUGCAGCUUUUGUAAUAUUUAUCCAGUGAAUAUUUUGUAGUAUUCACCUGUGAUGGACACGUGAACGUACCAGACACCUGUGGCAAAGCACAUGCCGUUUUAUUUUGGACAUCUCUGAAUUUUACUUUAAGGAUGAUUUAUUUGGGUUCAAUAACCAUUAAAACAGAGCUGGUU